GGUGUUUUUUUGUACAAAAGCUUUACUUGAAUGGUGUUUUUUGGACACACCAAACUUGAAUGAUAUUUUUUGAACGAUUUUAAAACAUAUUUACCCGUAUAAGUCAUUUUCCCUUAGAUUUUUCCACCGAAUAUUUUGACGCUGUCACUGCAUAAUUAAAGGAUGGACAAUUAUACCCCUCAUCGUAUUCAAUAUUUUAAAAUACAAUAAACAGAACCCGUUUCUUGUUUCGAACCCCAGACAACACACAUGACGAUAAGAACGCUUCUUCAGCCGGCAUUGCUUCACCCCCACUCUCAAACAGUUAACUCCAAAUUUUGAUCCUUAAAUUAAUUUUGAUUUUAAACUUUGAAUGUAAACUUGAAUUGAUUUUGAUUCGGUUAACCAUUAACCUUAGAAUGUAAACUUUGAUACGAUUUGGAUUUUGUUAACUGUUAACCUUGAACAUAUUUUGAUUCUGAUUCAAAAUUUAAACUUCGAAUUGCUGUUGAUUCAAUGCGUUAAUCAGCUCUCUAUCAUUUAUUCAUUUAAACUGAGGGGCAUACUUGUCCAUACAUUAACUACACAGUGAAGGAUUAAAAAAAAAAAAAAAAUCAUCUCCGAUAAAUAAAAUCACCAAAGCAGAUUUGUUGUUUUUUUGUAUUACUUCGACAUAUCUUAUUCUUCCUGCCGAUCUCUGAUGAUCAAGUGUAAUGAAAUCCAUCUCAAACAAUCUUCUUCCUUCCUUUCUCGCAAAAAAAUUAUUCAAAUUAACUCCCAAAUGCUACUCCAGUUCACCUCUUUCACAAAACAGCUGCGCAAACAGCAUCAAGACAACCAAAACAUUCGACAAUUACGAACGUGCCCUCGUCCAAGCAUUGAAAUCAUCUUCUUCCCUUUCUGCUCCGCUCCUUUACGGCCAGCAUCUCCAUUGUCAUAUCCUCAAGAAAGGACUUGACUCCAAUAUCUUUAUACGUAAUAGCUUGAUCAGUUUGUAUGCCAAGUUUGGUUCUAUAAACGAUGCAGAAUCCAUGUUUGUCUCUGGGUUUCAAUCCGAUCGCGUUUCUUGUAACAUUAUGCUUUCUGGUUAUGUGAAUUGUGGUCGUUUAAAUGACGCCCGCCAAUUGUUUGAUAAAAUGUCUGGGAGGAACAGCGUAUCUUGUACCACGAUGAUAAUGGGGUUGGCUCAAAAUGGGUUUUGGGGAGAAGCAAUCCAUGUUUUUAAGGAAAUGAAGUCAUUAGGUUUGGCUCCCAAUGAAGUGACAUUGUCGAGUGUACUGUCAUCUUAUUCACAUUUUUCUGGGGUUAAAAACAGUCAAAUUCUCCAUGCAUUGGUUGCUAAAUCCGGCCUUGAAAAUUCUAAUCUUGUUUUAACUAAUCUGGUUCUUCUGUAUUGCAGUUGUUCAUCUUUGGGUGAUGCCAGAAUUUUAUUUGAUGAAAUGUCAGAGAGAAAUAUAGUUUCUUGGAACGUAAUGUUGAAUGGGUACUCAAAAGCUAGGAUGGCUGGAAUGGCACGAGACCUGUUCGACAAAAUGCCUGAAAGAGAUGUAGUUUCUUGGGGCACCAUCAUCGAAUGUGUUUUACAUGUUGAAAAUCUGAACCCAGCUUUGAAAUUAUAUCGAGAAAUGCUAAAUACUGGGAUAUCUCCUAACAAUGUCAUGGUGGUGGAUAUAAUCUCAGUUUGUGGCCAAGAAACAGCCUUUUCCGAAGGCCAGAUGUUUCAUGGCGUAAGUGUAAAACUAGGGUUUGACUCUCACGACUUUAUCCAAUCAACUAUUAUCCACUUCUAUGCAGCUUGUGGCAACAUCCCCCUUGCCCAAACUCAAUUCCAAAUAGGAAGCAAAAACAAUCCAUCUUCAUGGAACGCGCUAAUAUCAGGCUUACUAAAAAACAAAAUGAUCGAAUCCGCACGCCAACUGUUCGACAAAAUGCCCAAAAGAGAUGUUUUCUCAUGGACCUCAAUGAUUUCCGGAUACUCCCAAAUGAACCAACACCACAUGGCUUUAGACCUUUUCCAUAAGAUGAUAUCAAGUGGCAUCAAACCAAACGAAGUAACAAUGGUAAGCAUGCUCCCAUCCGUUGCUAAUUUAGGCAAUUUACAAGAUGGAAAAUGGGGUCAUGAAUAUAUAAUCACAAAUUCAAUCCCUAUGAAUGACAAUGUAAUCGCAUCCAUCAUCGACAUGUACGCCAAAUGUGGGAACAUCAAGAACGCAUUACAACUCUUCAAUCAAGUUAAACACAAAGUUUCCACCAUUUCACCAUGGAACGCGAUAAUAUGUGGAUUAGCCAUGCAUGGACAUGCAAGAUUAUCUCUAAAGCUCUUUUGGGAGUUAGAGACAUAUAAAUAUAAUGAUGUUAUAAAGAUAAACUCGAUCACAUUUAUUGGGGUGUUAAGCGCAUGUUGUCAUGGUGGAUUGGUGAAAGAAGGGGAGAGGUAUUUUGAAAGGAUGAAAAGUGUGUAUAAUAUAGAGGCGAAUAUGAAGCAUUAUGGGUGUAUGGUGGAUGUUUUGGGUAGAGCAGGGAGAUUAGAGGAAGCUGAGGGGGUGAUAAAGAGUAUGCCUAUGAAGGCGGAUGUGGUGAUAUGGGGGACAUUGUUGGCAGCUGCUAGAAUUUAUAAUGAUGUUGAAAUGGGAGAAAGGGCGGCUGAAAAUUUGGCAAAGGCUGAGCCUUUACAUGGUCCAGGUAGGAUUUUGUUGUCAAAUAUUUAUGUAGAUGCAGGGCGUUUGGAUGAUGCUGCUUUUGUAAGACGAGAAAUGAAAACCAGAAGAUUGAUCAGGUCACCGGGUUAUAGUAGUAUAUCUUAAUUGGAAUGAAGUGGGUAGUCAAAGGAAUGGAGGGCAAAAGGGGAAUAAUAAGGGUAAAGGUAAUUUACAAGAAGUAGGGAAGGGAAUGGAGGGCAAGAGGGGAAUUAUUUUUAUACUUUGCCCUUAUUGAUUAUAACAAUAUACUUCCAUUUUUUUUUAAUAUUAUUAUUAUACA